AUGGACCGAGCCUUCCUGGACUUGACCGCGUAUCUUAACUGGACUAGGAUGGGGAUCAUCUACGAGGACUAUGGAUACGGCCAACUAAACGUCCUCAACAUAGCCAAAGAUGGCCGCGACAUGUACGCAGUCGGAUGCAACACGCCAGACGAAUAUCGUCGUGCUCUCGCGCAGUUGAAAGCGCAGAACAUAGCACGGGUCAUUGUUGAUACUGACCCGAGGCGGGUCCGGCAGCUGGCCAGAGCUAUAUUACAGCUGCAAAUGAAUAACGAAGAGUAUCAUUACAUUUUCACAUCGUUCGACAUGGAACUCUUCGACUUAGAGGACUUCUACUACAACCGAGUGAACAUCAGCGGCUGGCGACUGGUGGACCGGGAUUCGGACAAAGUUAAAGAAGCUCUGCAGGUGAUGGAGAAAUUUCAUCCCAUCGGGGCGUCUAUACUGAGCGGGGGGCAUAUUAAGACGGAACCAGCUCUCCUCUACGAUGCUGUGCAAGUUCUAGCACUGGCUCUGUCGAGCACUGAGAAGAUUCACACCACGAAUGUGAGCUGUGACAAGGAAAUACCAUGGAGCAAUGGGAAGGCUUUACUGGAGAACAUUAAUACGAUAAAAGCCCACGGCCUAACAGGCCCGAUAGAGUUCAAGAACGGCUCCCGUAGUAAGUUUAACCUCCAGCUGAUGAGGCUGGCAGGGGGGGAGGAUGGGGGGGCGGUCCUGGCUGGUCACUGGGACUCGGCUGAGGGGCUGACGAUCACCGACCCUGCUGCGUAUAGGAGGGACCCCCCGCCUAAUGUUACACUGACUGUGGUCACUGUUGAGGAAAAGCCCUACGUAAUGGUGAAAGAAGGCUGGAACCUCCAAGGCAACGCCCGGUUCGAGGGCUUCUGUAUAGACCUGUUGGCCCGGGUGGCGGCGAGGGCCGGGUUCCAUUACCGGCUGCGACUCGUCCCGGAUAACAUGUACGGGGCUAGAGACCCGGAUACGGGACAGUGGAACGGGAUUGUGAGGGAGCUGAUGGAUAGGAAAGCGGAUAUUGCAGUGGCCUCCAUGACAAUCAACUACGCCAGGGAAGCCGUCAUUGACUUCACCAAGCCUUUCAUGAACCUCGGCAUCGGGAUUCUCUUCAAGGUCCCGACUUCCCAGCCCACCAGACUCUUCAGCUUCCUCAACCCGCUGGCGAUAGAGAUCUGGCUAUACGUCCUUGCUGCGUAUGUCCUGGUGUCCUUCACUCUAUUCGUGAUGGCCAGGUUCUCACCAUACGAGUGGUCAACCAGUACCCACGUCUGCGGGCACGAGACGAAGCUCCUGACGAACCAGUUCAGCGUCUGCAACUCCUUCUGGUUCAUCACUGGCACUUUCUUGAGGCAGGGCUCUGGUUUGAACCCGAAGGCGACCUCCACCAGAAUAGUGGGCGGGAUCUGGUGGUUCUUCACCCUCAUCAUCCUGUCCUCCUACACGGCGAACCUCGCGGCCUUCCUGACUGUGGAGAGGACAGUCCUCCCCAUACAGAGUGCCGCGGACUUGGCCGCCCAGACCAGUAUACAGUACGGCACUCUGAAUGGGGGCUCGACGAUGACGUUUUUUCGGGACUCCAACAUCGACAUCUACCAGAAGAUGUGGCAGCACAUGUCCACAGCCUCCCCUCCUGCUCUCGUCUCGUCAUACGAGGAGGGGGUGAGGAGGGUGUUAGGAGGGAACUACGCGUUUCUCAUGGAGUCGACGAUGCUGGACCAUAGAGUCCAGAGGGACUGUAACCUGACGCAGAUCGGGGGACUGUUGGAUUCUAAGGGCUACGGCAUAGCGACAUGGAAAGGCAGUCCAUGGCGCGACAAGAUUUCCCUGGCCAUCCUGGAACUCCAGGAGAAGGGAGUCAUCCAGAUCCUGUACGACAAGUGGUGGAAGAACACAGGAGACGUGUGCAACAGGGACGGGAAGGACAGUAAAGCGAAUCCUUUGGGUGUGCAGAAUAUAGGUGGCGUAUUUGUCACACUUCUGUGUGGACUAGCACUGGCCAUAAUGGUGGCCAUUUUAGAGUUCUGUUGGAAUACGAAGAAGAACGCUUCGCAGGGGAGACAGUCUCUGUGCAGUGAAAUGGGGCAGGAGCUGAGGACGGCCAUGCGAGGCGGUUCUUCCAGCAGAACAGUCCUCAGACCUGGAUGCUCGAGGUGUUCCCCAGCCACACACGUGCCUCCAGCGCCCAACCGAUAUGAGAUUCAAGACGCGCCGAGCAACACAGUGGAACUAAAGGAGCUGCGGUGGUCGUAGCGGAACGCGCGGCGAGGUCCGGCCUCUGCGCCAGCCUCGCCGGCCCGCUGCGCGCACCAUUCGUUCCGGCGCUGCCAGC